AUGAGACCAACACUGCCACGGCUCUUGCAGCCUUCUAUUCGCCUCCUCGGCCAUGAGAACCCCUUGGGCCUCCCCCGCAGCGGCACGCCGCCUCACUGGCCCAAACGCCCCGAGCGCCGUCCGAUCCGCAACGUUGCCAAAGUCAUCGCCGUGUCCUCGGCCAAGGGCGGCGUCGGCAAGUCGACGGUGGCCGCGAACCUCUCGCUCGCCUUUGCCCGCCUCGGCUACCGGGCGGGGAUCCUCGACGUCGACAUCUUCGGGCCCUCGGUGCCCACCCUCUUCAACCUGUCGGGCGAGCCGCGCCUCUCGGCCCACAACCAGCUCGUGCCGCUGACCAACUACGGCGUCAAGACCAUGUCCAUGGGCUACCUCGUCGACGAGGCCGCGCCCGUCGUGUGGCGCGGCCCCAUGGUCAUGAAGUCGGUCCAGCAGCUCCUGCACGACGUCGACUGGGCCGGCCUCGACGUCCUCGUCCUCGACCUGCCGCCCGGCACCGGCGACACGCAGCUCACCAUCACCCAGCAGGUCCUGCUCGACGGCGCCCUCAUCGUCACGACGCCCCACGCCCUCGCCGUCAAGGACGCCGUCAAGGGCGUCAACAUGUUCAAAAAGGUCGGCGUCGACAUCCUCGGCCUCGUCCAGAACAUGUCCCUCUUUACCUGUCCGCACUGCGCCGGCCACACCAACGUCUUCGGCACCAACGAGCGCGUCGAGACCAUGUGCCGCGAGCACGCCAUCGAGUUCCUCGCCGACGUGCCGCUGCAUCCUGCCAUUGGCGACGACGCCGACAGGGGCAAGCCGACGGUCGUGGCCGAGCCCACGAGCGAGCGCGCCCGUGUUUUCGUGAAAAUGGCCGAGGAUGUUGCUGCCAAGCUCAACAUGUCGAGGUGA